AUGGAAUUCCUGCAGAGGUCUAUAAACGUGGGGGACAUACCAUUGUCAGUGCACUUCUUGAUGACCUGUCAACUAUCUGGAACAAGAAUUCUUCAAAAUUUCAAAUAUGCUGCAGUUUUUCUUAUCUACAAGAGGAAAGGAAACAGACACGCAUGUGGAAAUUACAGAGGCAUAUCCCUCAUAUUAAUAGCUGACAAGGUCCUUGGGAAAGUCAUACUCCAACACAUGAAACCCAUCCUUGACUCCGUCAUUCCCGAGGCUCAGUGUGGCUUCCACAGUGCGAGAUCAACAAUCGGCAUGAUUUUCACCAUCAGACAACUUCAAGAGAAAACCAUUGAAAAGAAUAUGCCAACACUGUUCUCUUUCAUUGAUUUCACUAAGGCAUUCGACACCGUUAACCGACAAUGCCUGUGGUCACUUCUUCACCUCUACGGAUGUCCACCUGGCAUAAUCAGCCUCACUGACCAGUUUCACACUAAACCAGGACAACCCAACAUAUCCCUCAAUGGAAGCUUGCUCAAGAACGUAGAGCACUUUACUUGCCUUGGUAGUAGCCUCUCCAUAGAGAACAACCUGGAUAAGGAAACUGAAAGGAGGAUCAGUGCAGCUUCAACAGCAUUUGACGCAACAUCAAGAUAUUACAGAGAGUCCAGAUGUCACAUCUCCGACAGCCCCUUAAAAAUCAGUUGGAGAGAAAGGACCUCAAAUUCAGAGGUGAAAGCCCAUGCAAACAUGCCUAGCGUCGAAGCCAUCCUUACCCAGUGCCAGUUCACAUGGACCAGUCACGUCAUCCGAAUGGAUGACUCAAGGCUGCCUAAAGCUAUCCUCUGUGGAGAACUAAAAGAAGGCAGGAGAGGAGUCGGACGACCGAAAUUGAGAUAUAAUGACCACUAG